UCAAUACUCUGAAUCUCCUCCCGCGAAUAAGGAGUUUCAAACAAUGCACAAGCAGAAUGGAGUCCAACCAUAUUCUGAAUCCACCAAAUAAGAAUCUAAAUCAGUUGGUCUUAGCAAUCCUUUCCAAAUGCAAUCAUCUCAAUCAUCUCAAACAACUCCAAUCUUUUCUCACUGUUCUCGGCCACUCGCAAACCCAAUUCUACGUCUUCAAGCUCCUCCGCUUUUCCAUUCUCAAAAUCUCCAAUCUUAGCUAUGCUCGCUAUGUUUUCGAUCAUGUCUGCUUUCCCAAUAUCUAUCUCUACACUGCCAUGGUUACUGCUUAUGCCUCCAAGCUGGAUUACCUUUCUGCCUUUGAAUUUUAUCGCAACAUGGUUCGUAGAGGACACCCUAAACCCAAUCAGUUUAUCUUCCCCCCCGUCUUGAAAUCCUAUCAGACUACGCAAUUGGUGCAUGCCCAGAUAGCUAAAUGGGGUUUUGUCCAAUACCCAGUUGUUCAAACUGCUCUUGUUGAUUCGUAUUCCAGGGCUUCAUUUGAUAUUGGAGUUGCAAGGCAAUUGUUUGAUGAAAUGUCUGAGAAGAAUGUUGUGUCUUGGAAUGCUAUGAUUUCUGGAUAUACUAGAGUUGGCCAGGUUGGAAAUGCUAUUUCUCUUUUUGACCAAAUGCCUGAGAGAGAUGUUCCGUCUUGGAAUGCUGUUAUUGCUGGAUGUACCCAAAAUGGGUUGUUUUCGGAGGCUAUUUCGCUAUUUAGAAAGAUGAUGCAACACCGUCAUAACAGGCCCAAUCAGGUUACAGUUGUGUGCGCUCUCCCUGCUUGUGGCCAUACUGGCAUGCUUCAGCUUGGAAAAUCGAUCCAUGGUUACGUGUAUAGAUAUAGCCUUGGUUUUGAUUCGUUUAUGUCCAACGCCCUGAUGGAUAUGUAUGGGAAGUGUGGAAGUUUAAAAGAGGCCAAAAGGGUUUUUGAUAUGACGUCGAAGAAAAGCUUGACCACUUGGAAUUCCAUGAUAAACUGUUUUGCUCUUCAUGGACAUGGCGAGAGUGCGAUAGGAAUAUUCGAGGAGAUGAUACAACAUGGAGAGGAUGUAAGACCAGAUGAGGUUACCUUUAUUGGUUUGUUGAAUGCUUGUACCCAUGGAGGGCUGGUUGAAAAAGGACGUUAUUAUUUCCUAAUGAUGACUCAGGAUUAUGGGAUUGAACCUCAGAUUGAACAUUAUGGGUGCUUGAUAGAUAUCCUUGGCCGGGCUGGAAGGUUUGAAGAGGCCUUGGAAGUUGUGAGGGGAAUGAAGAUUGAACCUGAUGAAGUUGUUUGGGGUUCUCUGUUUAAUGGAUGUAAAGUACAUGGUCAAAUAGAUUUGGCAGAAUUUGCUGUUAAAAAGCUUAUAGAAAUUGACCCCAAAAAUGCAGGCUAUGGUAUAAUGUUAGCAAAUUUAUAUGGCGAGUUAGGGAAGUGGGAUGAGUCUCGCAUGGUAAGAAAAAUGUUAAAACAACAUAAUGCUUAUAAGACUCCAGGUUGCAGUUGGAUUGAGAUUGAUAAUAAAGUUUAUCAGUUCUACUCUGCUGACAAAACACAUCCUAGAUCCGAAGAGAUAUAUAAGAUCUUGGGAGCUUUGUUGGGCUUGAGCUUGAGGUUCUGGUAUUCUCCAUAUAUUGACUGCAGCACACAAUUAUAGAUGAGUUUUCAAAUAUGGAUUCUUAUGCAGAAACUCAAAUUCAAUGCUGUGUCACUUUCCAAAGAAGAAAACACAUAUGAAGAGUGAAGUGCAUCAUUUUUUUGUGGGAGUUGGUGUUUCAAAGCUUUGCUACUUCCAAUUACAAAACUCCACGGUGUUUUUUGAACUGCCUGCAACUCUCAAUUUCUACCAAACAUGGAAGGCAAGUUUUAUUUUUGACGUCCAUGGUAACGCAUGAAUAAGAAUAUCGAAAGAGUGGCCAGAGGCAUGGUAACUUUUGUUGGAUAAGGAUGCCCAGAUGAUAUUAAAAGUCAGACACUUGAAAUUAACUUCUGAUAAAUAGGUGAACCUGCAUCCAAACAUUUCAAUGGAUCCGAUCUUUGAAUCCAAGUCCAAGUUGUUUGGUCAUAGGUUUGGCUGGACACACAAGUUUUGUAAUUCGGGAAUGGCGGUCAUUUCCUAUGAGGAUAGGAAAUGGACGAAGUUGUUCAUUUUUUUGGCUGAGAAGGAAAACAUUGAACCUCUCAGAUUUGCAGCUUAUGGAAGGCAUUAAGUCUGUCAUGUAAGACUUUCUUGUUAGUCUUAAUUGAAUUAAUGUACCAUUUAUUUUAUGAUUUCAUUU